AUGAACUCUCAGCAGCCUCUCAAUCAUUCGCAUGGAUCAAUUGUUGACAAUGAACCAUGCUAUAUUAUACUCUUUGUCACCUGUUAUUCCGAAGGAAUGGAUUCUAUAAAGAACACUCUGGAUUCAUUAGCAGACACUACGUAUUCCACCGAGCACAAGCUCUUGCUUAUUGUCGUUGAUGGCAUUAUUACAGGCGAAGGAAACGAUAAGCCUACGUCAGAUAUAUGCCUAAGUUUGCUAACUCCCCUAAAUGAUAAUUGUAUGCAUCAUGAUGGGAAAGAGUGCGAAUAUGAAGCUGUUGCUGAUGGCUGGAAACAAAAGAACAAGGCACGGGUAUACAUGGGGUACUACCGAUCAUUGCCAGCGCUUGUGAUAAUCAAGUCGGGAACAGAGCAUGAAAAAGGACAGACUAAGGUUGGAAACCGAGGCAAACGAGACUCCCAAAUGAUUUUGAUGUCAUUUUUCAAAAAGGUCCUGUUCUAUGAGAGAUUCACGGAGCUAGAGUAUGAGAUGUUUUGGAAAAUGAGCCGACUGAUGAAGAAAGGAGUAACGCCAGACAAGUUUGAACUGGUCCUGAUGGUAGACGCAGACACAAAAGUCGCGCCUGAUUGUAUUGCCCAUAUGGCAUCUGCAAUGAAGAACGAUACCACAGUCAUGGGGGUCUGUGGAGAAACCAAAAUAGCCAACAAGUCUGAAUCGUGGGUCACCGCCAUCCAAGUAUUUGAGUACUUUGUCUCACAUCAUUAUGCAAAGGCGUUUGAAUCAGUCUUUGGUGGAGUAACCUGCCUGCCUGGAUGUUUCUCUAUGUACCGCAUCAAGGCUCCCAAGCAAAGCAAAUGGGUGCCGAUCCUUUCCAGUCCUGAAAUUAUUGAACAGUUUAAUGUAAGUUCUGUCGACACACUGCAUGCCAAAAACUUACUUUUACUUGGCGAAGAUCGAUUUCUUUCUACACUCAUGUUGCGCACUUUUCCUCGUCGUCAAAUGAUCUUUGUACCUCAAGCAAAGAGUAAAACAGUCGUUCCCAACUCAUUCAAGGUGCUGCUUUCUCAGAGAAGACGAUGGAUCAACUCGACAAUCCACAACCUAAUGGAGCUGGUAUUCGUAUCAGAGCUUUGUGGCAUCGCUUGUCUCUCAAUGCAGUUUGUUGUCGUGCUAGAUCUUUUGAGCUCUGUUGUACUUCCUGCUGCUACAAUUCUCAUCUUUUUCUUUUUCAUAGACGUGAUAUUUACACACUCAGCGCAGUACCAAACGCUUGUUAUUUUGUUAGCCGCAGUAGGCACGCCUGCUUUACUGGUUAUCUUCACUGCCAAGAGGAUGACUUACAUAGGUUGGAUGAUUGUGUAUAUAUUGGCCCUUCCCAUCUGGAACUUUGUGAUGCCUAUUUACUCCUUUUGGCAUUUUGAUGACUUCUCGUGGGGUGAGACACGUAGAGUAAUUGGUGAAAAAGAAGAAGACAGCAGUAGUGACCCAAUGUGUGUUCUAUACAGUGAAAAAGCUCGAAAGAAAUACUGGCAUGUUUGGGAAGCAGAGCGAUUAUCUCAACUCAAACAUAGAACCCAUUCAAUGGAUACAAAAGGCACUACUGGCAACAAGCAAAUCAAUUCCCAUUUAUCAACAAUGACGAGAUCUCAAAGAAAAAGGGUGACUUCAUAUUCCUAUUAUCCUAGCUACUAUUAA